UAUGAGAGUCAGACAUCGUUUGGUUCCAUGUACCCAACACGUAUAGAGGGGGCGACCCGGUUGUUCUGUGAUGUGUAUAACCCUCAGAGUAAGACGUACUGCAAGCGACUGCAGGUUCUGUGUCCUGAACACUCCAGAGAUCCAAAGGUCCCGGCAGACGAGGUGUGCGGUUGUCCUCUGGUUAAAGACGUGUUUAAGCCGACAGGAGAGUUUUGUCGUGUCUCUAAGAGGAAGUGUAACAAACAUUACUGCUGGGAGAAACUGCGCCGUGCUGAGGUCGACCUGGAGAGAGUCCGAGUGUGGUAUAAGCUGGACGAGCUGUUCGAGCAGGAAAGGAAUCUGAGGACGGCGAUGACGAAUCGAGCCGGUUUAUUGGCUCUGAUGCUGCACCAGACCAUCCAACACGACCCAAUUACAACUGACCUGCGCUCUGCCAAGGACAGGUAGUCAGGUAGACAGGUAGACAGCUAUAGAGAGAAACAUAGAUGGAUAGAAGGAUUCAUUAAAAGACGCAUAUUUCUAUUUUAAAUGUGUUUGUGAAUAUUCAGAAUGCAUUGUGGGAAGCAGAGGCAGCACGCAACAGGAAGCACAUUACAUCACAGUGAGGUCAUAGAUAAAGAUGUGAUUCUGAAAUAAAAAUCUGGCAAUAAUGAGACGGCUCUUCCUAAGCCCUGCCCCUUUUACUCUGUGCUCCAAUCACAGUUGAGCAAGCCUCGUGUUCAUCAAUCGUUAGCUAGCUAGUUGCAUCUGAUAGCUGAUGUUAGUUAAUCUACAAUAUAAUAUAAUCAAUAAUCAGUCAUUUCAGAAGAAACUAGCUAGCUAAUGUUUUUCUUUGUAGCAAAAUGGUAGCUAACUAACUAGCUAGCAGUGAUUACUGUAUAUUUGUUAGCUAGUGAGCUAGCAUGUUGCUAACAUUAGCUAUCUUAAGAUGUAAAUAUAUAAAUGUCUCUUUUAUCUUUUAACCGUCUUCAAAAUGUGAUUGUCAGCAUAGAUUAUUUUAGCACGUAGCAUAUGUAAGUACAGGACAGGAGGAGGUUAACUGAGGCUUGCUCAACUGUGAUUGGAGGGGCGGGGCUUAUGACGAGUUCAUUAUAAUAUUUAACACCUCCUGUUUUUUUUUUCUUUGGUGAAUAUAAUGUUUAUAUUCUCAUUAAUAAUCACAUAAUCAGCUUUCUGUUUUUAUACCUUUUAUACUGUUUUAUUCCUCAAGGACUACAUUACCCAUAAUUCCAGCAGUCAGAGACUGAACACUACAGUUUUUAAUAUUUUAUAUGAAUCAAUAAGAAAUGGUGAAAUAAAUAAUCACAUGAAUACAUACAGAUGUGAUAUUUACAUGAUGAAUAAAUGUUUCAUAACAUAGUUAUUAUAUGUAUAUCAGAUCCUUUCACAAUAAGAGCACAUUGUUUCAGACAGGUAGACAGAUAACUAAUAAUAAAGUACUUUAAUAAUCCCAAAGUCACGCAUUCAUUUCAUAGAACCAAUAACUCAACAAUCUGACAGCCAAUCACAUCACUUCGUUGUGUUUAAAUGAGCUGAUAAUAAUAAUGACAUUUAUAAAAUGUAUAUUUCUUCUGUAUUUAUUCCUCUGAUUAUUUAUUCCUAAGAACUCUACAUGCAGCUAAAACUUUCAUAUGUUCAUAUGUCUGUUUUUAUCCUGAUGUUGUUGUUAUUGUUGUUUAUUGUUUUGAUAUUUUAUAUUUUUGUUCAUGUACAAACUUUCAUUAAACAUUUACAGUUUCUGUGUUUCUGUUCUGAUAUUCUGCAGAGAUGAUGAACCGAUUAUUAACUAGUAAUAAAAAUGACGCUG